CUUCGGACUCUCAGUCGGAGUGUCGGCAGCCGAGUGUGGGUGAGCGGCGGCAUCCCUCAGAGCCAUGCCCGAGAUUGUGGAUUCCUGUUCUCUGGCCUCUCCGGCCUUCGUCUGCCGGACCAAGCACCUGCACCUGCGCUGCAGCGUGGACUUCACUCGCCGGGCUGUGACUGGCAUCGCGGCGCUCACAGUCCAGUCUCAGGAGGACAAUCUGCGCAGCCUGACUUUGGAUACAAAAGACCUUACAAUAGAAAAAGUGGUGAUCAAUGGGCAGGAAGUCAAGUACACUCUCGGAGAAAGACAAAGUUACAAAGGAUCGCCGCUGGAGAUCUCUCUUCCUAUCGCUUUGAGCAAAAAUCAAGAGGUCGUGAUAGAAAUUUCUUUUGAGACAUCUCCCGAAUCCUCUGCUCUUCAGUGGCUCACUCCUGAGCAAACCUCUGGGAAGAAGCAUCCGUACCUCUUCAGUCAGUGCCAGGCAAUCCACUGCAGAGCGAUCCUCCCUUGCCAGGACACCCCUUCUGUGAAGCACACCUACACCGCAGAGGUGUCAGUCCCUAAAGAACUGGUCGCACUUAUGAGUGCCAUUCGUGAUGGAGAAGCACCUGACCCAGAAGACCCAAGCCGGAAAAUAUAUAAAUUCAACCAAAAGGUCCCAAUACCCUGCUACCUGUUUGCUUUAGUUGUUGGAGCUUUAGAAAGCAGGCAGAUUGGCCCAAGAAGUUUGGUAUGGUCUGAAAAAGAACAGGUGGAAAAAUCUGCUUUCGAAUUUUCUGAGACUGAAUCUAUGCUUAAAAUUGCAGAAGAUCUGGGGGGACCCUAUGUCUGGGGCCAGUAUGACCUGCUGGUCCUACCCCCAUCCUUCCCGUAUGGUGGCAUGGAGAAUCCUUGCCUUACAUUUGUAACUCCAACCCUUCUGGCAGGUGACAAAUCACUCUCCAACGUUAUUGCACAUGAGAUAUCUCACAGUUGGACAGGAAACCUAGUGACCAACAAAACCUGGGAUCACUUUUGGCUGAAUGAAGGACAUACUGUGUAUUUGGAACGUCACAUUUGUGGACGAUUGUUCGGUGAAAAGUUCAGACAUUUUCAUGCUCUGGGAGGCUGGGGAGAACUACAGAACACAGUAAAGAGUUUAGGGGAGACACAUCCUUUCACCAAACUUGUGGUUGAUCUGACCGAUGUGGACCCUGACGUAGCAUAUUGUCCGGUUCCCUAUGAAAAGGGCUUUGCUUUGCUCUUUUACCUUGAACAGCUUCUUGGAGGACCUGAGGUUUUCCUAGGAUUCUUAAAGGCUUAUGUCGAAAAGUUUUCCUACCAGAGCAUAACCACUGAUGACUGGAAGGAUUUCCUGUAUUCCCACUUUAAAGAUAAGGUUGACAUACUCAAUCAAGUAGAUUGGAAUGCAUGGCUCUACUCUCCUGGCCUGCCUCCCGUGAAACCCAAUUACGACAUGACUCUGACAAAUGCUUGCAUUGCUCUCAGUCAAAGAUGGAUCACAGCCAAAGAAGAGGAUUUAAAUGCAUUCAGUGCCGCAGACCUGAAGGAUCUCUCUUCUCAUCAGCUGAACGAGUUUUUGGCACACGUGCUGCAGAGAGCACCUCUUCCAUUGGGGCACAUAAAGCGAAUGCAAGAGGUGUACAACUUGAAUGCCAUUAACAAUUCUGAAAUACGAUUCAGAUGGUUACGGCUCUGCAUUCAAUCGAAGUGGGAGGAAGCAAUUCCAUUGGCUCUAAAAAUGGCGACUGAACAGGGAAGAAUGAAGUUUACACGGCCUUUAUUCAAGGACCUUGCUGCUUUUGACAAGUCCCACAAUCAAGCUGUGCAGACAUACCUGGAGCACAGAGCCAGUAUGCACCCUGUCACUGCGAUGCUGGUGGGGAAGGAUUUAAAAUUAGAUUAAGGAUCUGCUUCUGGCUUAUUUUGGAGAUUGGUCUUUUUAAGAGUGAAUUCCUAAAGAAACAGAUACUUCAGUUUGCAUUGUAGUUGAAAAUGUCUUUUUAGGUUUGGCUUUUUAUUGAGUGUCCAUGAUUUUACUAAAUAAAGUUAAACUGCCUUUUUUUUUAAAUGAUGACAUGUUCUUUAUAAGUGUAGGAAAGGCUUAAUCUUUUGAUUUAGUAAGUUUUAAAACUUUAAAUGAGCUCCAUAUUAGUUUCUUCUAGUAUGAUCGCAAAAUAUGUCAGGUUGUAUACAUGUUCUUUCAUUUGAAUCUGCUGCAAAUUCAAAGUUUAACACGAUGAGAAUUUUGUUUUUUAAAAAAAAUAAAACAGAACUCUGCUUUGCUGGUUUACAACCCAAAUGCCUCCAGUGGCCACAGCUAGGCUGACUAAUGAGAAUUCAGUGUGUUUCUCCCACAUGGGUAGCAGGAAUCCUCCAUAAAGUUUGUGUUAGCAGGAAGCUGGAGCAAGGAAUCAAAGCCAAAAUCAAACCUGGGGAUUUUGCUGUGGAGUGCCUGCCCUGAAUUCUGCUUUAGAAGUAACCCGAAACCUGAAUACUCACUCCCCUCCUGGUAGAGAUAAGACAAUGUCACUUACCAAAAUACCUCUGGUAGGAGCUCUCUGCUGUCUGUUCCUGGGUCCAUCCUCCUGACGCAGGGGACUUCCCAGGGAACAGAUAGCCGCCCUGAACCUCAGCCUCCCACCCCCAGUCCUUCCGGUAGCUUCUUCUCCUCAGUGGUCAGCAGAUGGACUUCACCCACCUGGAACAUACAACACAUUGAGGCAUCUACUGACAGUAGAUGGGCUCAGUGAAAGGCAAUAAGAACCAAGCCACACAUGAAGGCAGUGCAGCACUGUCUAGCUCAUGGACAGUUGGAGAACCACAGCCAUAUUCGUUAGGAUUCUUUGCCAACAGCAGGAACCCACAUGGCUGGAAGUCAGAAAGGGAAGGCAUUAUUUGCAGGGUACAAGGUGGAUGCUGAACACCACCUCUGUGAUUCUCCUGUCUACUGUCAACUUUGCUGAUGUGUCUUACACAGUCUGGACACCUGCCAGCUCUACUUUUGCAAAUGAUUCUUGCCACAUAGACAGACUGUCGCAAUUCCAGAUUCCCAGAGGUGAGAUUCUGACUUGGGUUGGAUCCACCCAUGACCCAGUAAGUUCCAGCUGUGAAGAAUGGUGUAUUAAAAGUGUAAGUAUGGGCGUGUCUUCCACCAGAUACCCUCCAAAAGUGCCCAUGCAGUGUUCAAAGCCUUAAUAAACUAACUGAGAAGUGAAUAUCUGGAAGAUUGGACAGGUACCCAAAGGUCAAAUUCCAGCCUAACCCCGAAACUCUGUGUCGUCUGCCUUGUUCAUUCACCCUGGCAGUCAUUUCUUUCUGGAGAGUUGCCUACACUGUAAUGGGAUUCUGCUGCUCUGAUUCUGGUCUCCCUUGUCUUCCUCACCAGGAAUACCAGAGCAAGAGAAUAUUCAGUUCCCCUGUUAUAAUCACAUUUCUGACAGCUUGCAUUUCAAGUCCAUGUACACAGAUAAUGCUUUUAAGGCUGCUUCUGCCCUGUGAGCUUAGGAGACAACUGGAAGCUACUGCCAGUUUUUCAGUUACCAUUCAAUGAUACUGAAAGCCAGGAGUGCUUGAGGGUGCUGUGGAAGGGAAGGGGGCACUAGAGACAACUUACCCUACUUACAGGUUUAUCUAAGGCCAGUUCAGGGGAGU